CGUACGCACGCACGCUACGGAAGCGCGCGCGUAGGCCCAGCCCUCGCCGCCGCCGCCAUUUUAGCUCCUGGUUCGGGCCGCACGGUGUGGGCUGUUGUAGCGGGCGGGGUGGGGGUCCUCCGGAGUUAAGUAGCUGUCUUCUACUGUGCCCAUACAGUAGCCAGCUUCUUGUUUUUCUUCCUUCACAACCGCCCGCUCCAAGAGUGCGAAGAUGUCCAAGCGCCACCGGCUGGACCUGGGCGAGGAUUACCCCUCCGGCAAGAAGCGUGCGGGGACCGAUGGGAAGGAUCGAGAUCGUGACCGGGAUCGUGAAGAUCGGUCUAAAGAUCGAGACCGAGAACGUGAUAGAGGAGAUAGAGAGCGGGAGAGGGAAAAAGAAAAGGAGAAGGAAUUGCGAGCUUCUACUAAUGCUAUGCUUAUCAGUGCUGGAUUACCACCUUUAAAAGCUUCCCAUUCAGCUCACUCAACCCAUUCGGCACAUUCAACACAUUCUGCUCAUUCAACACACACAGGGCAUGCAGGGCACACGUCACUUCCACAGUGCAUUAAUCCAUUUACCAACUUACCCCAUACUCCUCGAUACUAUGAUAUUCUAAAGAAACGGCUUCAGCUCCCUGUUUGGGAAUAUAAGGAUAGAUUUACAGAUAUUCUGGUUAGACAUCAAUCCUUCGUACUGGUUGGUGAGACUGGGUCUGGUAAAACAACACAGAUCCCACAGUGGUGUGUGGAGUAUAUGCGAUCAUUACCAGGACCCAAAAGAGGAGUUGCCUGUACCCAACCCAGAAGAGUGGCUGCAAUGAGUGUGGCUCAGAGAGUUGCUGAUGAAAUGGAUGUGAUGUUGGGCCAGGAAGUUGGUUAUUCCAUUCGAUUUGAGGACUGCAGUAGUGCAAAAACCAUCCUUAAGUAUAUGACUGAUGGCAUGUUACUUCGUGAAGCUAUGAAUGAUCCCCUCCUGGAGCGUUAUGGAGUAAUAAUUCUUGAUGAAGCUCAUGAAAGGACACUGGCUACAGAUAUUCUUAUGGGUGUUCUGAAGGAAGUUGUAAGACAGAGAUCAGAUUUAAAGGUUAUAGUUAUGAGUGCCACUCUAGAUGCAGGAAAAUUCCAGAUUUACUUUGAUAACUGUCCUCUCUUAACUAUUCCUGGGCGUACACAUCCUGUUGAGAUCUUUUACACGCCAGAACCAGAGAGAGAUUAUCUUGAAGCAGCGAUUCGAACAGUGAUCCAAAUUCAUAUGUGUGAAGAGGAAGAGGGAGAUCUUCUACUUUUCUUAACUGGUCAAGAGGAAAUUGAUGAAGCCUGUAAGAGAAUAAAGCGUGAAGUUGAUGACUUGGGCCCUGAAGUUGGUGACAUUAAAAUCAUUCCCUUGUACUCUACACUUCCACCUCAGCAACAGCAGCGCAUUUUUGAGCCUCCACCUCCAAAAAAACAGAAUGGAGCAAUUGGAAGAAAGGUAGUUGUGUCAACUAACAUUGCAGAGACAUCUUUGACAAUAGAUGGUGUGGUGUUUGUGAUUGAUCCUGGAUUUGCAAAACAAAAGGUUUAUAAUCCUCGCAUCAGGGUUGAGUCCCUUUUGGUAACAGCUAUUAGUAAAGCUUCAGCUCAACAAAGGGCUGGUCGAGCUGGACGUACCAGACCUGGGAAAUGCUUCAGACUGUACACAGAGAAAGCUUACAAAACAGAAAUGCAGGAUAAUACCUACCCUGAGAUUUUACGUUCUAAUUUAGGAUCAGUUGUGUUACAGUUGAAGAAACUUGGUAUUGACGAUUUGGUGCAUUUUGAUUUUAUGGAUCCCCCAGCUCCUGAAACUCUGAUGCGAGCCCUGGAACUUUUGAAUUAUCUUGCUGCUUUAAAUGAUGAUGGAGAUCUUACUGAAUUGGGAUCCAUGAUGGCAGAGUUUCCUCUAGAUCCACAGCUCGCUAAAAUGGUUAUUGCAAGUUGUGACUACAACUGUUCUAAUGAGGUCCUAUCUAUUACUGCUAUGUUGUCAGUCCCACAGUGUUUUGUUCGCCCCACGGAGGCCAAGAAAGCCGCAGAUGAAGCCAAGAUGAGAUUUGCCCACAUAGAUGGAGAUCAUCUGACACUGCUGAAUGUCUACCAUGCUUUUAAACAAAAUCAUGAAUCGGUUCAGUGGUGUUAUGACAACUUCAUUAACUACAGGUCCCUGAUGUCUGCAGACAAUGUACGCCAGCAGCUAUCUCGAAUUAUGGACAGAUUCAAUUUGCCUCGUCGAAGUACCGACUUUACAAGCAGGGACUAUUAUAUUAAUAUAAGAAAAGCUUUGGUUACUGGGUACUUUAUGCAGGUAUGUGGACAAUACGGAAGGGCAUUGUUAAGUAUUUGGAUGAUAAUGUUUGAUUUCUGUUUUGGUCCAUUGAAUUCACUUAAAGCAGCAGUUCUCAAUCUAUUAAAUGUUAAUUUGGUGAUUUUUCCCCUUCUUCUGGACAGGUUGGUGAAAAUUGCCCCUCAAUAUUAUGACAUGAGCAAUUUCCCACAGUGUGAAGCAAAGAGACAGUUGGACCGCAUCAUUGCCAAACUUCAAUCCAAGGAAUAUUCACAGUACUGAAUUCAAUGCUUAGAACUGAAGUUAUUCAGAGGACAGCUUUAAAAGAUGAAUGAACUCAAAAGUUCAAGUUGUGCUCUUCACGUUGGUUCAAUAAUGGCCUUUAUUUGAAAGCUUUUUAAUUUUUCUUUACAGUAAAUAUUCCAUUCUGAUUUCAUAAAUUAAACAUUUAUGCCUCCCUUUUGUGUUGACACUGUAGCUCAUACUGGAAAAGUCGAUCAAUGUUUUGCAGUUUAUUGAAAGUAGUUCUAUAUAUAACAAUGUUAUAAGCAUUUCUUUAGAAAUGGUUGAAAAUGCUUCUAAAAUGUGAUUAUCGACCAUGGUAUGCAUGAUCGUUGUAAUUGUUGACAUUCCUUUUAGAAGUUGUGAAAUGUUACAACUUGUGCUUAUGUAGACACAAUCUUCUGUCUCAGUACAGAGGCACUGACUUCAAUAAAGUCUAUUUAUACUAA